AUCCAUUGUUUCUACCAAGGGUUUUUUCCUCUCUCUCUCUCUCUGAUCUGAUUAUUUUACGGGCAGCUCCGGCUAAAGGGAAGGCAAGAUGGCUGAGCUCGGGAAGGGAGUCUCUGCGGGCAAAUUAGCCAGCAACAUGCAGAAGAAACUCACCCGGGCCCAGGAGAAGGUCCUCCAGAAAUUGGGAAAAGCAGAUGAAACAAAGGAUGAGCAGUUUGAGUCGUGUGUGCAGAACUUCAACAAACAGCUGACAGAAGGUUCCAAACUUCAAAAGGAUCUCCGAGCUUAUUUGGCAACAGUAAAAGCGAUGCACGAAGCUUCCAAGAAACUGACCGAAUGUUUGCUGGAUGUCUAUGAGCCGGACUGGCCAGGGAGGGAGGAGACGAACAAAAUUGCCGAGAACAAUGACCUGCUCUGGACCGACUAUCAUCAGAAGCUGGUGGAUCAGGCCCUGCUCACAAUGGACACCUACCUCGGGCAGUUCCCUGAUAUUAAGUCACGCAUCGCCAAGCGCGGGAGGAAACUGGUGGAUUUCGACAGCGCCCGGCAUCACUUUGAAUCCCUACAGAAUGCGAAAAAGAAGGACGAAACUAAAAUCGCCAAGCCGGUGUCGUUGCUUGAGAAGGCUGCCCCUCAGUGGUGCCAGGGAAAAAUCCAGGCCCAUCUUGUAGCUCAAACUAAUCUGCUGCGAAACCAGGCCGAGGAGGAUCUGCUAAAAUCCCAGAAAGUGUUUGAAGAGAUGAAUGUUGAUUUACAGGAGGAGCUGCCUUCUCUGUGGAAUAGCCGUGUUGGUUUCUAUGUCAACACAUUCCAGAGUAUUGCUGGGCUGGAAGAAAACUUCCAUAAGGAGAUGGGCAAGCUGCACCAGAAUCUCAAUGAAGUGAUGGUAAAUUUGGAAUCAGAGCAGGGAAACCUCUCAACAAACUCUUCCAGUGUUAAAGUUCAGCCAAGUUUGAAACAUACCAACUCCAACAGAAAGAAAAUGAACUUGUUCUCCCGUCUGAGGAUAAAGAAGGGCAGUGAAUCAACCCCCACGAAGACGAACACGAACCCAUCUCCACCUGCUUCUGAUGGACCACCAGCUGUCUCUGAAACAAAGACUGUCAACCAUGAUUUUGAAGCUCCUUCUGUGGCUGUUGAGGAGACGCCAUCUGUGGCCAUAUCCAAGUCACCUUCACAGCUGAGGAGAGGCCCUCCGGUUCCGCCUCCGCCAAAACUCACGCCUUCCAAGGAUAUCAAGCAAGAGAAUAUAAUCAGUCUGUUUGAUGACAAUUUUGUGCCAGAGAUAAGUGUGACCACGCCUUCACAGUUUGAGGUUCCCUGGCCUCAGACACAGGAGCCCAGCUUGCUGGAUAUGGAUUUUGAUCCCCUUAAGCCUGACUCUGGUACGGGGGCUUCAGCGAGUGCCCAGUCGCUGCCGUGGGAUUUGUGGGAGAGCUCGUCAGGCAGUGUGGAGCAGUCUCAAAGAGGAAACCCUAGUGAUAGCUCUUUUGUUGUUGACUGGUCCUGUCAGCCAGACACUGAUGAGUCCAGCAAACCAGUGGAACCAGCUCCAGCUCCUGUGUCUGUAAACGAACCAGCCAAGAAGGAAACUGAAGUCAAAUUUGAAUCUGCUCCACCUGAAGAGGUGCCUGAUAAAUCCCCGAGCUCUCUUCCUGCUGUGGUGGUGGAAACCUUUUCUGCUGCAGUCAAUGGUACUGUGGAGUCCAGUCCCCCAAAACCAGAGAUGCCCCCUGGCUUCUUGUAUAAGGUCAGAGCCCAACAUGAUUACACUGCAACCGACGGCGACGAAUUAGAAUUGAAAGCCGGCGAAGUGGUGCUGGUGACUCAGUUUGAAAAUCCUGAUGAGCAGGAUGAUGGCUGGCUCAUGGGAAUUAAGGAGACAGACUGGCUGCAGAGCAAACCAUUUGAACAGCACCGAGGGGUCUUCCCAGAGAACUUUACAGAGAAGAACCUGUGAGGAGAGAGACGGCUUCUUUUUCCUUGGGAUUUCAAGCUAAUUUUCUGUGAAAAUUAAGAAGACCUGCCCUAUGAACAAAAGGAAUCUUUAUCCUGAGUUUAUCCUAAGCAUCCACUUAAAGGUCCAGUUUUCUUACCGAUCCAUCCUGCAGUCAGGAAUAGUGAAAUGUUCCGUUUCUAUCCCACAGUUGAGCGACCAGAACUUCCGAUUUGGGCAAUCCAAAAAAACACCUGAACUGUAUAAAGAGCAGGAGAUGCACUAUGUUCGGACAAUCUCAGCACCCGGUCUGUAACAAAUGUAACACAGUGAUUAGCUAAUCUCUUGGUGUUCUGAUAGAGGUAGUAUUAAUCAUGGUACAAUACAUGGGGUGCAUACAUGGGGUGCAUAAAUUUGACUGUCAUUACUCAAUAAAUCAGUCAGGUGCAGUAUCAUCCCCUGAAUUCUCUCGACAAGAUUAGGGUGGUUCCGGUGGGUGCCGCCUUGAAUAUAUUGUAUUGUUUGCUAAAGCAUCUGUCUUAUCGGAGAAUUUGUCAGCUUUUGAAUUGUUAAUCAUUACUAUUUUUGAGAAUUGAAAUCUAAAAACAAUAUAUUUCAUCUUGUUGGCUGGUUUUUAUUGGACUUUAACAUAAACUUAUUGUCCACCAGGGCUCUUCUCCAAUGUAUAUGUUUAUAGCCAUUUCAUAUGAAAUCCCAUUCUUGUGCUGAUCAAUGUGGUUGAGUUUUAUGUUCCCUAGGUAGAGUUAACAACUUGCACAUUUAAAUAUAGAACACUGUGUGCAUUUACUUUUGGAGAACAGGUGCUUUCUCUGAUAUGGAUCUGCAGCAUCUUCAUGGCACCUACAUGAAUCAACUGCAAUGAAUAUUAUAUUUCCCUGGCUGCUUUAAAGUUAUAAAAAGCCACUUUUCUCUUGAUAAAGUUUGGCCCAUAGAACUCUUGUACGUUAGAGAACGUUCCGUUUAUUUAAGCUAGAGUUUUAAUAACGACAAUAAUCUAGAAGAUGAUAGCCUCCAUUAUUUUUUACAUUCAGUAAAACCUGUUGAUUUUCAACUGACAAUUAGUUAGAAUCUGCAAUUUCAAGGUAAAGUUAACAGUAGGUAGAAUUUCUUUUUAAUGAAUUGUUUGUGUGUUUGGAAAUAGGAUUGUGGUUUCAUACUGUGACAGUGAGUUCUCUGAGAUAACGGUGUGUGGUUUAGGCAGGGGGGUUAUGUAUGUGUAAUUUAUAGCAGCAGAUUUCCAGCUCAAAGGAAAUCAUUUUUAGUAUUGUUUUCCUUAUAAACACUCUAAAUAGUGACACUGACAGAAUGAAGGACUGCCCUGAAUAUAGUAGUUAUAUGGCAAUGACAGUGCUGAAUUACCUAACUGAUGAUUGCUUGUUAAAGGGAAAUUUAUACUUUUGUGUUUCUCCUAUUUACUUAUUUUUUAAAAACAUAUCCUAAAAUGAAUAAUAAAAAAAAUAUAGGUUCCUCCUUCUAAAUAACUUUUGUUGCUGCUUAAUUGUGAAUGUCUCAACUUAGGCAAACAACAAAGCAUAGGCUGUAUCCUCAAACUGUAUUGGUGAAACAGCAGCUCUGACUUAUAUGUGUCAAUAAAAAAUUAAAAUGAGAAGGGAUAUUCUAUAAUAAUAAAAAAAAAAAGCCAUAGUGGUAAACCUUAAUGGUUGUAGAUGCACAACUCUUAUUUAUAAUAUUGUAUCUUAUAUGCAUGUGCUGUCCUCUGUACCAUUAAAUCACCCUUAAAGAGCAAGGUAAGUAGCUAUGCCGGCAUAGUUUCAUGGUUUCUCCUGUUAUAGGCAAAUUUUCCAGCUGCAGAUACACCCAUAGACUGUUGGCUGCAGCAGAAGUCUCCCUUGCCGAUGACUUGCAGUGGGAUUAUAGAAAAGCAGGAGGGCAAUAAGGAUCUUUGUGGCCAGACAGCCUGGGUAAUAUUUAAAGUGAGGCAGUUUAGAUGGGGACUCACAUGGGUCGUUCUUAUUUUGUAUUUCUUACAGCUCUGGAAGUUGUAGAUGAAGCUCGAGUGGGGACGGGUGUCUCAUUCUUCAUUUCAAUUAUAAGGCAGAGAUUCCAAAUUCUGCUUUUCCUUACGGAACAGUGGGCAGAUCAGAGGGACCAAGAGAUUCCUUACAGAUUUAUUGUAUCUCUGACAAGUGACUGGUACAAAAUCUUCUCUGUAGUGGCUUCUGGAACAGUGGCUGUGAUAGUGGCCUUUGGAGUCCUUGAAUUUUACUUGCUUAAGGAGGCAAAAAGCCACUGAUUUUCUAAAGAGUGGCCCUCCAACGGAGUGGUCUCCAAGUUUGCUCCAUUUGGAUGACAUCAUACAUUUUAUAAUCAGCCCCAAACAUGUAAUGGAAUGAAUAUUCAGCCCGCCAUAUGUAUAGCUGGACAACAGUCUUCUAAAGGGCAGUCCUUGUGCCGUUGUUGUAAAAUUGUAGUGUACCCAGUGCCUUGAUCAUUGUUGUCCACAAUAGUCUGGCAUCUCCACCCAAAGGAGAAGUAUAAUGGUAUAGCCUAUUGUGUGCACAGAAUUUUUCCUGUGUAUUUCUAUUUAAAGCGAUAGAUAGGAGUUGUCCGUAGUUUACCUGAGACAUUACAGUAUGAAGGUAUAGAAUAUUUAAUGCACAGAAUAUUCAUAUUUAUACAUAUGGGUCAGAGCUGCCACACUACCAGUCCUUAGCUGAGACAUUGUAGUUCAAAAGCCAUAUCACAAUCACCAGUUAUUUAUUAGCACUAGGGGUGCUACUGUCAGCAAAUUGUCAAGGCAACGGGAGCCUCUGUACAAGUACAAAUAUCUAAAAUAGAUGCGUUGUGUUUCUAAUAAUUGUAUUCCAUUAAUCCCCCCCCCCACAGACUUAUUUGGAUUGUCCUGAAUUAAAACCCCUCACUACACCUGAUGUCUGACAUUACGCUUGCCUUAUAAGAGGGCUUGCUUUAAAGAAACUGUACCUUUAAGGAUUUCAUUUAAAAGAUGAAAAAAAAGUGGUAUGUUUUAGGCAAAUAUUAAACGUUGCCAUUUUCAAACUGG